AUGGCGGAGGAAUCCGAUGCCGAACAAGGCGCCGUCGAAGGCAAAGAACGUAGCGGAAAGAAUGCUGCGGACUUAAAACGCAUUAUCGACGAGAAUGAAAUCCUGCGUAAACGUCUUGAACAAGACGAAUUGGCACGCAAAGAGGAAAGUAAUUCUAUCGGAAACGAAGAAAUCGUGUUGUUACUAGCGGAAGUACGUCAGCGUUUGGAAACGCUGGAGACGCGGCAAAUACCGAUGCGCGAACGAAACGAAGGCGAGCAUUUUGAACGCGAGCCAGAACCCCUUUUUGUCAACGCAACGGCGCGCGAGCCGACCAUUCCUGACGGAAAUAACGUCGUACACGCGAGACUACCCAAAGGUGGAUGGCUGAAAAGCCCAUUCGAAGAUUUAAAAUAUUUUGGUAAAACGGAUACUCAAAACCCCAUUAAAUUCUUGAGGCGUUUCGAGAAGAUCGCGACUUACGAAAACAUAAGUGAGGCCGAGAAAUUGUAUUUUUUCGGAAAAUGCAUGCGCGGAACAGCUUCGAGCUGGUAUGACGUGCGCGAACCCGAUAAUAUUACAGAGGGCAAGCAAAAAUUUAUCGAAUAUUUUUGGGGAGAUGAACAGCAAGCACGAUUCCGAGAAAGCAUAUAUACCGGAAAUUUUAGUGAAUCCGCAAGCCAAUCUAUGUCCGAAUACGCGUUAAAUAUCGCAAAACAAGCGAAGUACUUGAACCCUCCUAUGUCGGAAAUGGAAAUUAUCCGGAGCGUAAAACGACACUUUAGCAAAGAUAUCGCGAGAGAAAUACGCCCUACAACGGUGAAAAACGUAGAGGAAUUCGUGAAGCUUCUAGACGAGCUUGAUUACGAGCGAAUGCGUGCUAAGAAGUCUAAAACGCGCGAUGAAACCCAGAAAACCCCUGCGAAGGAACGAGCCACGACAACCAAACCAACGAACGUUAGCGACAACGUGAAAUCCUUAGCGAGCAAGCGACGCGACGCGAGCGACGGCACGCUGUAUGAAAAACGCAACGCGACUUGGAAAAACCAGCGGCAACCGAACGUUAGGGAAAAAGGGCAAUCGAGCGCAUGGAAUUAUAAUAAGGCGCGAGCCAUUAAAGCGGAAAAACCUGAAGUCGUCGAAUUAUCGGAAUCCGAAACCGAAGACGCGACGGGCCGCGAAAUAGUUCCUUACGAUAAAAAAUUCGCGAAGAAAUCAAAGAGGGAAUACGCGUUAAAUGAAAAAACAAAACCGAGCGCUGAAAAGAAAUCGUCCUCAACAAAAGGCGCGAGCGAACGAAGGAAAGUCGCAGCGAUGAAACCGAUCGAUAAAAAACUCGACGAAGAGAGUGAUCGCGAAUUCGCAGACGACAACGCGGAAGAUAAACAUCUAGCAAUUUUGCGAACGAGAGAAAUCUUGAACGAUGUCUCAGAAGCGUCUGACAAAGACCAGAGUGCGAAUCGUGGAAAACCAGCGCCCUAUGUGCAGGUUGUUCUGCGAAACAUUCGCGUUACAGCAUUGGUCGACACAGGGGCGCAGAUAUCGGCUAUUACGAUGGACCUCUUCGAUAGAUUGAAUUCCGACGCGAUACCACUAAGAAUAAUACCGAUUCGCAAAUUUUUAUUGCGAGGUGCAUUUAAUGAUAAAGGCCAACCAAUAGCGAAUCGUGUACAACUAGAAUUUAAAAUUAAAGACCGCGAGUUCAUUCAUGAAUUUUACGUGGUAAAGAAUCUCUCAUAUCAAAUGAUUUUAGGAAUAGAUUUCCUAAUUGAGCAAGCGGCGAUUCUCGAGUGCGGCGAAAAGAACGUUGCAGUACGUUUUAAUAACGCGAAAUCGACCGACGCGACGGCAAGCGUAACGAGCAUAAACGUAAUUGACGCGAACGAAGCCGAAAAAUUAUUAACAGCAACGCUGAAUAAAUUUAGUGAUAUUUUUAAAGACGAGAUCGGGCAAGUAACGCACUACACGCAUAAAAUCGCGAUGAAGACUGAAAGACCGUUUAAAACAAAGCUCUAUUCGAUACCGGAUAUACACCGCGACAAAGUACGCGAACAUAUCCUUGAAAUGGAAUCACAGGGAAUAAUUGAGCGAGCGGCAACUCAGUAUAUAAACCCCUUAGUAGUCGUUGUAAAAAAGUCAGGCGACAUUCGGUUAUGCCUUGACGCGCGUGAAAUAAACAAGAAAAUGUGCAAUGACCACGAUCAACCGCCUACCAUCGAUGAAGUAUUCCGUCGAAUCGGAAGUAGACGAUACUUCAGUACGUUAGACAUUGCUAAAGCCUUUUGGCAAAUUCCUCUUGACGACGAGAGUAAGAAGUAUGUGGGAUUCAUGUUCGAUAAUCAAUUAUACGUGUUCCGUAGAAUGCCAUUCGGCUUAAAAACUGCCGGAGCUUCUUUUACGCGAGCUAUUAGAAAAGCAUUAGGAGACGAGUGCGACGCGUUUACGAUAGUAUAUUUAGGCCCAGUUUCACCAAUUUGA